UCAGUUCAUAUACACUUUAUUAGACCGACAAAAACCAGACGCAGCAUGUGCUAACUACUCUAGCAGCUAGGGCAUGCAUAGCAAUAGCAUACCUGCAGGCUAUAUAUACAUGCAGCUCUCUAGCUAAGCUUGUCAACAUCGAUCGAGAAAGCAAACCAUCGCCCAUUCAGCGUAUCAAUCCAUCGACAUGGUGCCCAACGGUAACAAUGACAACAACAACGCCGCCAAGGACUACCGUGACCCUCCCCCGGCGCCGCUCAUCAACGCCGGCGAGCUGGGCAAAUGGUCGCUCUGGCGCGCCGUCAUUGCCGAGUUCACCGCCACGCUCCUCUUCGUCUACGUGACCGUGGCCACAGUCAUCGGCCACAAGCGCCAGACCGACGCCACCGUCGGCUGCGGCGGCGCGGGAAUCCUCGGCAUCGCCUGGGCCUUCGGCGGCAUGAUCUUCGUCCUCGUCUACUGCACCGCCGGCGUCUCCGGCGGCCACAUCAACCCCGCCGUCACCUUCGGCCUCCUCCUCGCCCGCAAGGUCUCCCUGGUCCGCGCGCUGCUCUACAUGGUCGCCCAGUGCCUCGGCGCCAUGUGCGGCGCCGGCCUCGUCAAGGCCGUGCACGGCGCCCAGUACGCGCGCCACGGCGGCGGCGCCAACGAGCUCGCGCCCGGAUACUCCAAGGGCGCCGGGCUCGCCGCGGAGAUCAUCGGCACCUUCGUGCUCGUCUACACCGUGUUCGCCGCCACCGACCCGAAGCGCAAGGCGAGGGACUCCCACGUGCCCGUGCUGGCGCCGUUGCCCAUCGGGUUCGCCGUGCUCAUCGUGCACCUGGCCACCAUCCCCAUCACCGGCACCGGCAUCAACCCGGCAAGGAGCCUCGGCCCCGCCGUGGUGUACAACAACAAGAAGGCGUGGGACGACCAGUGGAUCUUCUGGGUGGGGCCCUUCAUCGGCGCCGCCAUCGCCAUGGUGUACCACCAGUACAUCAUCAGGGGCGGGGCUGGCAAGGCCUUCGCCUCCUUCCGCCACAACUACAUCGCUACCGCCUAAUCAAUUUGUUUCCACCAUUCAUCAGAGAGAGAAUCUGCAAAAUGUACAUGCAUGGCUUGCAUUCACCGCCUCGUGUUUCUUAAUUAAAUCGUUCUGUAGUUUUGGUCAUGCA